AUGACAUCCAUUAUUGAUUCAAUCGUUGAGUCGGAUGUUUCUGAAGCAAGCGAUGUAUCGGUAGAAAAACCAAAACUGAACCUUCGGGACAUCGUGAAUGCUCCCCCGUCAGAUGUGAAAGAAGCGGAACCGUCAGUACCAGCGAAGAAACCUCGGAAAAAGAGAAUUCCGCAAGAAUUGAAGAAUCUCCAAGACACAGAAGAGUACAUGGAAGCGAGCCGGUCCGUAAAAGGUGAUGUAAAUUCCGAAAGAGGUCGACGACCCCCGCGCCGUGCCGCCGUAAUCGCGCGAGAAAAUGUCAACUUACUUCGGGGAAAAGAGCCAACGGCAGCAGAACUAAGAGAAAAUCGCAGCUUUGAAAAGUCGCCUGAUAGAUCUUCCCCAGAGCCACAGGAUUCUCUUCGCGAUCAAAUUAUCUCAAUCAACUCAUCCGGCGAAGAAUCGGAAGCUGAAGCCAAAGAGAAGCCAACGGAACGAAAAAAAUCGCCGUCCCCACCUCCAGUUCAGCCAAAACCUCGACCGCCUCCGCUCAAGAAAGCGCCAAGCCGCGAAAGUGCAAUUCCAAAGCCUCCACAGCUAAAACGCCGUCCCGAGCCUCUUCCAAGCCCCGUCAAGUCCAAGAUUCCCAACCUGAGUCCGACAAUUUCCAAACUGCCCGAUUUCAAGCCAAAGUUAAAAAGCCCGAAAAUCGAAGGAGACAGCAAGAAACCAGAGCAGCCACAGCCAAAGAAAAUGAAAGAAGAGAAAAAAGAGCAGCAGGAGAAUGAAUCGAGCGAAACUAAAAGCAAGAAAGUGAAGAAGGAAAAAGAGCUGGAUCCACAAGACUUGAGCGAGAUCAAGAAGAAGAAUGAAGAGUACGAGAUCGCUUUUCAGAAAGUCUCGAAGCUCUUCUACGAUUGGAUCGAACAACGGGCGAAGACGGCGUCGGAAAAUGGAAUCUCGACGGAAGCCAGUGCAACUUAA